AUGAAGCUGUCGCUAGUAGCAAUUGUAACGGCAUCUCAACUAAACACUGACAACCGAACCCAUUCAAAUACGAUCAAACAACCAACCGACGUCAUGAUAUCUUCCCUUUUUAUCCGACGACGGCUUAGAGGAAAGGGGGCGAAAGGCCUCAGAAGACGGGGGAGACAAACGUACACAAGAUAUCAAACGCUAGAAUUAGAAAAGGAAUUCCACACUAACCACUACCUCACGCGAAGGAGACGCAUUGAAAUGGCGCACGCGCUCUGUCUCACGGAACGGCAGAUCAAAAUAUGGUUUCAGAAUCGAAGGAUGAAGUUAAAGAAGGAGAUACAGGCGAUAAAGGAGUUAAACGAACAGGAGAAACAGGCGCAGGCGCAGAAGGCCGCCGCAGCGGCGGCCGCUGCAGCGGCAGCCGCGCAAGGCCACCCGGAGCACUAA